AUGGGCCCCACCUUCAAGGCCCUCACCAAACUAUCAUUAAUGAUCGUAGAUUCACUACCCGUAUCAACCAACGUUAUACAAAUGGUAACAGUGCCGUCAGACUUGCUGGUACAGUUACUGGACGUCAGCAGAUCGCUACAGAAGUUACUACCAGCUGACCUCCCCAUCCCCCUGCUUGAUGUCAGCCCCGAGGAUGUACUGGCUCGGGUUAACGACGAAGGGCCAAACUCACUGUUAACUCUGGCUCUACGUCACCACGCUCUACUGCAACAACGUAACGAAGAUUUACUCACCCAACAAGCUCGUUGUACUGCCCAGAUCGAGGCUCCACAGGAGGAUAAACAAGAACUCCGUCUACACCUACAGGAUUGCAAGAAGAAACUACAGUACCUUCAGAGAGGCCCUACAGAUAUCCUACCUCCUACAGACAGCGCCAAACCUACAGAUACUAUAGAGGAUGUUAAAAAAGGCGUUAAAAUAGAUUUAUGUCCUUGUAGAGAGAAUUUAACAGAAGCACAGUUGGAAGAGAGGAAUUUUGUAGGAUUGGAUUGUGUCUGUGAGAAAGUGACCAUACUUCCCAAGACCACACCUGCUCCUGUGUUGUUGGGUACUGGGUCAAGAGUGAAGGACUGCGCCGGUCAUCAGACUGAAGGGGCGACCGGGAGUGGAAUGUAUGAAAUUUACCCAUCAGAGUAUUAUAGGCAGUGUACUGUAUGUGAGGGAGAGGAGAAGUUGUUGCUGAUGAAAGAUAAUGUGAAGGCAGGUAUGCAGAACAAAGGCCUUCGUUCACCAUCACCAGCGCGUAAGGAGUCCCUCGCCACAUAA